CCAUCUAUCCUCUUCUCUCCUCUCACCAUCUUCUUUCCUUGUUUACUUUCUUUUUGCUUGCUGUGUGGUCUAGCUCAUUCACCAUGGCUGGCCUCGCCACCGGCGGUUCACAUCCUUUACAGGACUACGAAGAGCAGCACCGGCCGGCAACUCGCCAGUCUGCAACGUCGAAAGUAUGCAGAGUUUGUGGGGAUGAGAUUGGAGUCAAGGAAGAUGGACAGGUGUUUCUUGCUUGUCAUGUUUGCGAGUUUCCUGUUUGUAGGCCUUGUUAUGAGUAUGAGAGAAGUGAAGGGAACCAGUGUUGUCCUCAGUGCAACACUCGCUAUAAGCGUCAUAAAGGUUGUCCUAGAGUUGCUGGAGAUGAUGAUGAUGAUAUCGAAGCAGAUGAUUUUGAUGAUGAAUUUCAGAUUAAGCAGCACCAUGACGACCCAGAUAGCAAAAAUGUCUUUGCUCAAUCGGAAAAUGGGGACUAUAAUCAAAAGCAAUUGCAUACUUCAUUUUCUUAUGCAGGAAGUGUGGCAGGUAAGGAUAUUGAGGCAGAAAGAGAGAUGUAUAGUAAUGCAGAAUGGAAGGAAAGAGUGGAGAAAUGGAAAGUCCGGCAAGAAAAGAGAGGUUUAGUAAACAAAGAUGACGGAGGAGAAGAAGAUGAGUAUCUUAUGGCUGAAGCUAGACAACCUCUAUGGCGAAAAAUCCCUAUUUCCUCUAGUAAAAUCAAUCCAUAUCGCAUUGUCAUUGUGAUUAGACUUGUUGUUUUGGCCUUCUUUCUCCGUUUUCGAGUUUUAACUCCAGCUUUGGAUGCUUACCCAUUAUGGCUAGUAUCUGUUAUUUGUGAAAUAUGGUUUGCCUUUUCUUGGAUACUUGACCAAUUUCCCAAAUGGUUCCCCAUUGAGCGCGAAACUUAUCUUGAUCGCCUUUCUAUGAGGUUUGAGCGUGAGGGAGAGCCUAACCGUUUGGCUCCUGUUGAUUUUUUUGUCAGCACUGUGGAUCCUCUCAAGGAACCACCAAUCAUAACUGCAAAUACAGUGCUUUCCAUCUUGGCUGUUGAUUAUCCUGUCAACAAGGUCAGCUGCUAUGUAUCGGAUGAUGGUGCUUCGAUGCUCCUUUUCGAUACAUUAGCAGAAACUGCUGAGUUUGCAAGGAGAUGGGUGCCAUUUUGCAAGAAACAUAACAUUGAGCCAAGGGCUCCUGAAUUCUACUUCUCUCAGAAAAUAGACUACUUGAAAGAUAAAGUGCAUCCCAACUUUGUCAAGGAGCGUAGAGCUAUGAAAAGAGAAUAUGAAGAAUUCAAGGUGAAGAUUAAUUCAUUAGUGGCAAAGGCUCAAAAGAAACCAGAAGAAGGAUGGGUGAUGCAGGAUGGUACACCAUGGCCUGGAAAUAACACAAGAGAUCAUCCUGGCAUGAUUCAGGUGUAUCUUGGGAGUGAAGGUGCCCUUGAUGUGGAAGGUAAGGAGCUUCCUCGGCUUGUAUAUGUUUCUCGUGAGAAGCGACCAGGUUAUGAUCACCACAAGAAAGCAGGUGCCAUGAAUGCUCUAAUCCGAGUUUCUGCAGUGCUCACCAAUGCACCUUUCAUGUUGAACUUGGAUUGUGAUCAUUACCUUAACAACAGCAAAGCUGCAAGGGAAGCCAUGUGCUUUUUAAUGGAUCCCCAGCUAGGAAAGAAGCUCUGUUAUGUCCAGUUUCCUCAGAGAUUCGAUGGUAUCGAUCGCCAUGACAGAUAUGCUAAUCGCAACACUGUCUUCUUUGAUAUUAACAUGAAAGGAUUAGAUGGGGUUCAAGGACCAGUAUAUGUGGGUACUGGUUGUGUCUUCAACAGGCAGGCCUUGUACGGCUAUGAUCCACCGGUGUCUGAGAAAAGGCCUAAGAUGACAUGUGAUUGCUUGCCUUCAUGGUGCUGCUGUUGCUGUAGCGGGUCAAGGAAGUCGAAAUCUAAGAAGAAAGGGCAUACAGGUCUGCUUGGUGGAUUACUUGCCAGGAAAAAGAAAAUGAUGGGUAACAAGUAUACGAGGAAAGGGUCAUCAGGAGCAGUAUUUGAACUUGAAGAGAUUGAAGAAGGGCUUGAAGGAUAUGAAGAGUUGGAAAAAUCAUCACUUAUGUCACAGAAAAAUUUCGAGAAAAGAUUUGGGCAAUCACCUGUAUUUAUUGCCUCCACUCUUAUGGAAGAAGGAGGAUUGCCAGAAGGAACUAAUCCUUCAACACUCAUUAAAGAAGCCAUUCAUGUUAUAAGUUGUGGUUAUGAAGAGAAAACAGAAUGGGGCAAAGAGGUUGGAUGGAUUUAUGGUUCAGUUACAGAAGAUAUUUUGACAGGUUUCAAAAUGCAUUGUAGAGGAUGGAGAUCAAUUUACUGUAGUCCGAAGAGAGCAGCUUUUAAAGGAUCAGCUCCUAUUAAUCUAUCAGAUCGUCUUCAUCAAGUUCUUCGAUGGGCUCUUGGCUCUGUCGAAAUUUUCCUCAGUCGCCAUUGUCCAUUGUGGUAUGGCUAUGGAGGAAAGUUGAAAUGGCUAGAGAGGCUUGCUUAUAUUAACACCAUCGUCUAUCCUUUCACUUCCAUUCCUUUACUUGCAUACUGUACUAUUCCAGCCGUUUGCCUUUUAACAGGAAAAUUCAUAAUUCCUACACUUACCAAUUUGGCUAGUGUAUGGUUCUUGGCACUUUUCCUCUCCAUAAUAGCAACAGGCAUUUUAGAGCUUCGAUGGAGCGGAGUAAGCAUUGAGGAUUGGUGGCGUAACGAGCAAUUCUGGGUCAUUGGUGGCGUGUCAGCUCAUCUUUUUGCAGUAUUCCAAGGCCUUCUGAAGGUUCUUGCCGGAGUUGACACAAAUUUUACAGUCACGGCGAAAGCAGCAGAUGAUGCAGAGUUCGGAGAGCUUUACCUAUUCAAAUGGACAACCCUUUUAAUCCCACCAACUACUCUAAUUAUUCUGAACAUGGUUGGAGUUGUUGCAGGAGUUUCUGAUGCAAUCAACAAUGGCUAUGGCUCUUGGGGUCCAUUAUUUGGGAAGCUAUUUUUCGCAUUCUGGGUCAUUGUUCAUCUCUAUCCUUUCCUAAAAGGUUUGAUGGGAAGACAAAACAGAACUCCCACCAUUGUAGUAUUAUGGUCUAUCCUUCUUGCAUCAAUUUUCUCACUUGUUUGGGUGAGAAUUGAUCCCUUCUUGCCCAAACAAACUGGCCCUAUUCUUAAACAAUGUGGGGUGGAGUGUUAGUCAUGUCUUUGUUUUUGUUUUGUUUUUCAGUUGUAUCUGUUGAAAGGACAGUUUUUAUUUUAUAUAUAUAUAUAUAUUAUGAUGAUCAAAA